UAUUAGUUAAUAAAGUUAUAGUCUUCAUAGUUAACAAUAAUGUCAAACUAUUCGUAUAUGGACCAGAACGUCAACGGGGCCCAGGCCGUGGCCACCGUGUUGUGUUGCAACUGUGGGGUGCCUAUGGAUGGUUCACAAGGGUUAGUAAUGUGUCAUGAUUGUAUAAAAUUAACAGUAGAUAUUACUGAAGGAAUUCCUCGAGAAGCUAAUGUAUCAUUCUGUAGAAACUGUGAAAGAUUUCUUCAACCUCCUGGACAGUGGAUUAGAGCUGAAUUAGAAUCUCGAGAGUUAUUGGCAUUAUGUUUAAGAAGAUUAAAAGGGUUAAAUAAGGUUAGAUUAGUAGAUGCAUCAUUUAUUUGGACUGAACCUCAUUCUCGUCGUAUUAGAGUUAAAUUAACAGUUCAAGGUGAAGCAUUAACUAAUACUAUUGUUCAACAAACUUUUGAAGUCGAAUAUGUCGUAGUAGCUAUGCAAUGUCCUGAUUGUGCUAAAUCUUAUACUACAAAUACUUGGAGAGCUACAGUUCAAAUAAGGCAGAAAGUUCCUCAUAAAAGAACUUUCUUAUAUUUAGAACAAUUGAUUUUAAAACAUAAUGCUCAUAUGGAUACUGUAUCUAUUAAAGAAUCUAAAGAUGGUUUAGAUUUCUUUUAUGCUCAAAAGAAUCAUGCUGCUAAGAUGUUGGAUUUCUUAUCAGCAGUUGCACCAGUUAAAUCAAAGAAAUCUGAAGAAUUAGUAAGUACAGAUAUUCAUUCAGGAUCUUCUCAGUAUAAAUUCUCAUUUUCAGUUGAAAUAGUUCCAAUUUGUCGUGAUGAUUUAGUUGUAUUACCUAAGAAACUUGCUCAUUCUAUGGGUAAUAUUUCCCGUAUAGUAUUAUGUAAUAAAGUAUCUAAUCUGAAUCAAUUCUUAGAUCCAAAUACUUUACAAACUGCCGAUUUACCUGCUGCACUUUAUUGGAGAAAUCCUUUCUCAUCAUUAUUGGAUGCAACUCAAUUAAUUGAAUUUAUUGUAUUAGAUGUUGAACCAACUGGAGAUAUCAGAGGUAAAUACGUGCUAGCCGAUGUGGAAGUUAGUCGUGCUAGCGAUUUAGGUGUUAAUGAUCAAUCAUUCUAUGUCAGAUCUCAUUUAGGUGGUAUUCUACAUCCCGGAGAUUCAUGUUUAGGUUAUUACUUAACUAAUACCAAUUUCAAUUCCGAUUUAUGGGAUUCUUUAGAUUCCGAUAAUACUCCAGAAGUUAUCUUAGUUAAGAAACAUUAUGCUAGAAAAUCUAAGAAAUCUAAGAAUAGACAAUGGAAGUUGAAGAGAAUGGCUAAAGAACAUAAUGAUAUUGUUGCUCAUGAUGAUUCUAGACAAGCUAGACAAGAACAAGAACGUGCUGAAAAGGAUUAUGAACUUUUCUUACAAGAAUUAGAAGAAGAUGAAGAAUUAAGACAAACCAUUAACUUAUAUAAAGCUGGUAAUACUGCUCAACCUCAAAUUGAAGAAGAAGAAGUUGAAGAAGAUGAAGAUGCUCCAGAAAUCGAUAUUGAUGAGUUAUUGGAUGAAUUGGAUGAUAUGACCUUAGAGGACCAUCCUAUGGAAUAGAUAAUUACAUAGUGUUAAUGCAUAUGGUUAUUUUCUAUAUUUAAACUUUAGCUGUAGUAGUUAAUUUAAAAUUAUUUAUAACUAUUAUAAUUAUUAUUUAACUAAUACACACAGAUGACGCACACCGCUAUCUCGUAAAAAUU